UUUGUUGUCCGCGCCAUCGUCGUAUAAAGAACGUCGACGAGCCGAAGUCCCGUCUCAGUGUCCGAGCAAGGCUGCUUCGAUCAGCGCACCGCUUCACCGUCACCGAUCAAAAAACAACAACAACAAGAAUCCAAGUGUCUGUAUACACUUGUAUCAUUUUCUAGUGUUAUGGUACAGUGAGAUUUGAAGGGACGAUGGCUUCGAAGAUCACCACCGCCUCUGCUGUGCUACUACUGCUGAGCAGCCUUCUUCUGGUGACGUCUCAGGAUAUAAUAUUUCCAGAGUGGGCCAUCGACGAUGAUGGCUGCAGGACGCCGGACAGAGGAGUCGGAACUUGCAUCCCGGUCCACGACUGCAAGCACGUCGUGGACUUCAUCGAAAAAUCCCCGAAACCACUCAGCGCCGAAGAUCUGAAGCGCCUGCAGUCCUACCAGUGCGGCUUCAGCGGGAAGACCAUCAAGGUCUGUUGCCCCAAGAAGGCGAUCGUCAGACCCGACACCACCAGCAAACCCGAUCUCGUGGACAACCGUAUCCAAGACACCCCUCCAGACGUCACCAAUCAUCGAAAUCUUGGCCUGCUGAGCAAAGCCUGCGGUAGCUUAGGUACCGAAGACCGCAUCACCAACGGCAACACCACCGGCCUCUUCGAGUUCCCGUGGAUGGUCCUCCUCUCCUACCAAACAGGGAGUGGUCUAGAUUUUAGAUGCGGAGGAACUCUGAUCAAUGACCGAUACGUGUUGACCGCCGCCCACUGCAUCACCGAACUAAAAUUUCCACUGAGAGGCGUUAGAUUGGGAGAACAUGACUUUUCGACGGAGCAGGAUUGCGAAACGUCUUUGGACGGAGACACGGUGUGCUCACCACCAUACCAGGACAUGGGAAUCGAAAAGGUGAUUCCGCAUCCGCUGUACAAUAGAACAGCUCUUCAAAACGACAUAGGUCUGCUCAGACUGGCAAGAGCCGCGAAAACAGAUCAGGACAACAUCAAACCGAUAUGUCUGCCGUACACGAAGGAGACGCGCGAGGUGAAAGUGGACAAAUACUUGGUUACAGGCUGGGGCCAAACGGAGAAGAAAACCAGAUCGACCGCUCUGCUCAAAGUAUUUGUAGACGCCAUGAAUUAUGAGGAAUGCCAGGAGGUGUACAAGAACCUUACGAUAACACGAAGGCAGAUCUGCGCUGGUGGCAAAGCAUCUCGCGAUUCUUGCACGGGCGACAGCGGCGGACCGAUCCAGACUGCUGGGUCCCUCGACUUUGAUGCCAAGUACAUACAGUACGGUGUCGUCAGUUUUGGGCCGAAGAACUGCGGUCAGAGCGGACUGCCCGGCGUAUACACCAGCGUCGCUCACUAUCUGCACUGGAUCCUGGAUAACAUAACUAGCUAAAGAAGGAUUCCACACUCAUUUAGCCAUUGUCUCUUUCUCCGAAUCUCGUGUGAUUUUGAGAUUUUGGAUGAGUCAACGACAGAAUCCACCAGCCAAUUAAAACUUUAAACAAAAACGAA